UGGAGCUGUAGGUUCCCCAUUCCCUACAAAUGUACGUAGUUUCCAGAAAAUUAUUUGAUUUUUGCAUGAUUCCUGUAUUAUUUGUAGUGUUUUUAAUUUUCUAACUUGUUUGAGUGUAUCCUCCUGUGAAUUCUGUAGAGAACUUCAGAAAAUGUAGCUGAUUAUUUCAGCCAAUUUUAACUUAGACAACCCUGAUGGAAAACGAAAUUCUUCAAAGAUUGGAGGCGGCUGCUAAAGUUAUUUUGGCACCUCCAUCAGUUGUCAGUCAUGAACAGAGACGGGCAGCAGAGACUGUGCUUCUUGACUUUCAGAAGUCAAAAUCUCCAUAUGCUCUCUGCAAGUACAUAUUUGAGACAAGCUCAGUGGACUAUGUUAUAUUUGAAACAGCCAGCACACUGAAAGAGGCGCUGAUCAGAGAAUGGUAUUCACUGGAGGAGAGCGACAUAGUGUCACUCAGACAAUAUCUGCUCAACUAUCUCCUCAAUCGGCGGAACCUUCCAGCUUAUGUCAGGGAACGCAUCCUCCAGGUAAUCGCCAUCAUAAUCAAGCGAGGCAGUGUUACGGACUUUGGUGUAGAAAGAAGAAAGCUACUUUGUGACGUGGAACAGCUCAUUUUUAAUGGAGAUUUGCAACAGAAAAUUCUCGGAUGCAGUAUAAUAUCAGCCCUUCUACAAGAAUAUGCGACAACCGUCAAAUCAUCUGAUGUCGGCCUAACGUGGGAAACACAUUUCAAAGCAAAAAAGCAAUUCGAGGCUGGAGAUCUGAAGAAAAUCUUUCAGUUCUGUAGGCAAUCGCUCACACGACUCAACAGUCUUCCAACGCCGUUUGAUGAUCAGACGCUUACACUGCUCAAACAUCUACUGACCAUAUCAGAAACCAUAUUCACGUGGGGAUUCAUCGUAUCGCAUUGGCAGAGAGUGAUUGGAGUGUUUGAGAAGUUCAACGCCGACCGUAAUCCGUACCUGAAACUGACUUCUGGAUGGGAAGCUUGUAUAUUCGAAACAAACGUUAUCGAACUGUAUUUUGAUAUUCAUUUGAAAAUCCGUGAUAAUCCUCCGCUAGCGCAUCACUCUCUCACUUGCCUUGUUCAGUUGGCAUCACUGAAUGGACCUAUUUUAUCGGCGAAAGAAACGAAACUGCAAUAUGUCACUGCCUACCUCCAAUCUUUCACCAAAUUCAUCAUGAUAAUCAACGCUGAUGUGCUCGAUCGUGAAGCCCUCGGUGUGUCACAUAUCAUUAGGAACAUAAUAAUGUUCCAUGCGUUUGCCACACUCAGCGUUCUGCCUAAAGAUUUGUUGAAGAAAUUUCUCGAAAUAUACGUCCAACUCACAUGCUACUUCUGCCAAGGAGCAGCUCAAGAGGAAAUGACGUAUGCUGAAGAUUGUAUGUACAUGGAAGCAUUCAACUGUCUCCUGAGGUCAUGGAUUACAGUGAUUGUUCAAGAAACAAAUCUGUUUCCAAAGGAAUAUCUAGAGCAAACCUGUGCGCAGAUUUUCAACACUUACUUGAAGUGCCAUCUUUCGCCACCAGAUGGAACUAAAGUCCUUACAGCCGACUCGUCGGAUAUUGAAGACAUAGAGGAGUCAGAUAGAGUGAAAUUUCAAGAUCAACUGCAAGUUAUUGGACUGAUAGGAAGACAGGUGCCAGGCCACUCCAUUCCACUGCUGUGUAAACUGCUGGAGGAGCGCACCGUGCAGCUGAGACAUCACCUGCAACAGAUGCACGCCUUGGGCGCAGAGAUCGCCACCACCAACGCCGCCUACCACCUCUUCGAGGACAUUCACUGGCUCAUUCUCAUAUCAGGUCAUGUGCUAACCGAGAGGCACUCGGGUGUACCGAAUGAGGUGGCCAACUACAUGAACGACCAGAAGAGUCAGAUGGAUGUCGAGAUAACGAAGAAAGUUUAUGCCAACCCUGAACUGUCCAUUUCUGACAUUCCUGGCGCAGCUGAGAGAUGCGAUCACGUUGUCAGGUUAGUGACAGCGGUGUACCGGAUGAGCGAGGUUGAGAAGAAGGUGGUGGAGGCUCGGUUGGCCAACCUGUUCAGCCCCGAGAUCGGCUGCAGCAUACUCUGGUUCUCCAAGGCCUGGCUAGAGGCGUCCGGUCGCAGCCUUCUCUAUACUGAGGGUGACCAAUCAGAAUACUGGAGCUUAUCUCACACAGUGAACCUGAUGUUGAGCAAAAUCAAGUUCAACCUGACCUCCUACAACUGGGAACCAGGGAUUGUCAACGACACUGUUGAACUGCUCACGUCACUCACAGAUCAAAAAGGACAAUACAAGCCGAUAACUGAGAACAAACAGUUCUGGGAGAUUCUGCAAUAUCAGAUGAACAGCCAGCCGGGUGAGAUGCCAGUCUCCGCCAAGCAGGGUCUGUACAAGGCGUUUGUCGGCAUAGCCAUUGGAGUGGUGGAACAACACACGCAAACAGGGCAGCCCUUGAAAGCGGCCGGUCCUUUGCUGCUGCAGCAUUGGAAUCAGGUUUUAGGUCAUCUGCAACAAAAAAUCCAAAAUACGGUCUAUGCAGACAAUUUUCGUCAAAGGUUCCAAGAGGAGAGUGUAAAAGUACUGAUCAUAGAUGUUUACGAGUGUCUUAUUGGUGCCGUGCAAGGGGCCGCAAUAUCGACAGCUAACUCGCUGCUGGACUUCCUCGUGCCGUUGAUGACUGAGGCCUGGAAGCUGAUGGAUGUCUACUCCAAUUAUCAGAAUAUCAUUGAACUGUUCCUGCAAUUUUUCUGUCAAAUAACACAGAAUAUGCUCUACUUCCUUAGUAUUAACGAGAGGAUGAAACUGUACCAGAUCUGUCAUGGCGUAGUGCAGACCUACACCAACAAUAAUAACAAUCGACUGAGCCUGGAAGCGGCGGCUGAAGAGGACUCCUACAACGCGCUACAGCUGCUCAUCGAACUGUUGAUUGGCCUGUUACCAAGAGAGAUCAGCUUUGUCUUGGGACCUGAUGACGAAGGAGAUGCUGUACAGAAUGAAAUAAAUCGUGGUGAUAUCUCAGUUUAUGGACUAAGGAUGAUCCUACCUAUUAUGACUGUUGAACUAUUGAAGUUUCCUAAUCUCUGUGCUCAAUACUACAAGCUGAUCCUACACAUAGCAGAAAUGUACCCGGAUAAGCUGUGCCAACAACAGGCGGGCUUUCUGGAAGGGGUGCUGAUGACCGUUGAACUGGGCCUAAAGGCGUUCACACAGGACGUCCACGUGAGGUGUUGUGACUUCAUCAAGGCGUUCUGCGCGCAUCUCAACUCAGCCGGCGAGGAGGCUGCGCCUGCUAAACAGGUCUUCAGGCCUUUUCUGAAGUUGUUCCUGGACAUGGUGCUAUCUCGGCAAAUCAAUUCGGAUUCCGUUCCAAACAUUGGAGUUGUCAUCUAUCAACUGAUCUGCUGCUAUUCGGACGACUACAGGCAAUUCGUGCAGACGCUAAUCGAUGGCAGUGAGCCGACAGUGGCGGAGCGACUGGCCCAGGAGUUCACGGGGCUGACCAGCAAUGUCUACCUCAACAAUUCCAAGGCUGAGUGGAAGACGUUCAACGACAACUUCGAAAAGUUCAUAGUCAACGUGCACGGCUUUCUGCUUGUCAAAUAGAUCCGGCUUCGUUUACAGGGAAUUCCUCUUGGUCUUCAUCACUUGGAGAAAAUUGGUGGUAUCUUUCUAUCACUUCAAGAUCUCAAUAAUAUUCCACACCUGCUCCCAGCCAUCAUAUUGGUAACAAAUAACCAAGGAUAUUCCAUAUAUAUUUCAUCUUGUUAUAAAUUAUGACUAUUGUCAAUUUAUAUUUUUAAAGGUGUCGAAAUUGGUAAGCUUUCCAGCAGCUAGGAUUAGCUAUCUAUAAUUCCAAUAAUAUGUUCGUACUUGUGCUUUAUUCAGUUCAAAAUCUUCACAAUCUCUGUAUGUUAUCUGUCAUUUUUAUCUUAUCAACUUCUUCACUUUUAAAUUACAAGACAAUUAUACAGAGUGUCCAGUAAAUAUUUGUAGGUAUUGUUCCUGGUGAAAAACUUAUUCGGAAUGUAUUAGUUUUAUCACCCAACUAGUGCGUUUCAGAUAUUACGAACCUCAUCAGUUUUACCAUAGCCACCUCUAAUACAAGGCCCCGGCCUACGAUAUUGCAACAUCGCAGUGUUAGUAGGCCUAGAAUCUAAUACAUGAUUGGUGAAAAAGAUUUAAAAAAAUACAGCUGAUCUUUUUCA